AUGGCUACGUCCAAGCAAUCCAUUUUUUCAGAUAUUGAGGCAAAAGCCAAAGAUCUGACCAACUGUGAAAAAUACCAGCAACAGACAUCACGACAAAUCAAGCAAAAUACAAAGUACGACCAUUUCAGCGGCUGUACUACACUCGACGACUUUGUUGAAAAUCAAACGCCUGGACAACGUUUCGGUGACACCAAUAUGCGCAAAACAAUACCAGCAAAUGAACGUUUGGCGGUUACACUUCGCUUCCUUGCCUCUGGAGACAGCUUCAAAAGUUUAUCUGUUGACUUUCGCAUUGCGCCGAAUACCAUAUCUAUAUUUGUGCCGGAGGUUUGCGAUGCAAUUUACAAAGCUUUGAAAAAUGAAUAUUUACAGGUUCCAAAUAACGAACAGAUGUGGAUUGACAUUGCCCAAAAAUUUAGUGAUAAAUGGAAUUUUCCCCAUUGUAUAGGCGCAGUUGACGGGAAACACAUUGUGAUGAAGGCUCCGCCGCGGUCUGGAAGUACCUUUUAUAAUUAUAAAGGUACUAAUAGUAUUGUACUUAUGGCUAUUGCGGAUGCGGACUACCGAUUUAUAUAUAUUGAUGUCGGGUGCAAUGGCAGAGUUUCGGACGGCGGCGUUUUUGGAAAGUCCACAUUUCAGAAAGCUUUGGACAAUAACACACUGAGAUUGCCUUUACCACAACCAUUGCUAAAUCGUGACCGUGAUUGUCCAUACUUGUUAGUGGCGGAUGAUGCAUUCCGCAUGCAAAAGCACAUUUUAAAACCAUACCCUGGUAAAAAUUUAACUGCCGGUCAACGCAUAUUCAAUUACCGAUUGUCACGUGCUAGGCGCGUUGUCGAAAAUGCAUUUGACAUUAUGGCAAAGCGGUUUCAAAUUUUAUAUCGACCAAUUCAACUGAAUGAGCAUAAAACGACCCAAAUAACACUGGCCUCCAAAAUUGCUGUGCCUUGA